UUUCUCAUAUUCACAGAUAACAAGAUGGCUUCAAUGAAGUUGGUGGUGGCGCUUUUCUUUGCCACGGUGGUUGCCGGCGGAAAUACUGCCGGAGCUCAGUUAGUACACCAUGUGCUUUCUGGUGACCGGACUUCAGAUAUGACCACAGAUGUCGGCUCUUGGUCCUCUGGCCGUAUUUACCGAGUUGGAGACCAUCUUUUGUUCAGGUACUUGUCACCACAAGACACAAUCGUGGAGCUUGCAAGCAUCGACGAAUACUAUUCAUGUGAUCUAACUAACCCCAUAAAGAUGUACACCGAACAUGUAAAUAAAGUGCCCCUAGACAAGGAAGGGAUCCGCUACUUCGCAAGUUCAUCGUACGAGAAAUGCAAAAAUGGUCUGAAGUUGCCUGUACACGUAAACCCGCCACGUGACUACCCUGCUGCUCCACCCACCCCAUCAUCUGCACCCCAGUUACAUGGGAUUCCAGCCCUAAUCGUCGUGUUUAUCGGCUUAAUUCUCUUUAAGUAAACUUGUAGUGUUGUACACACCACAUCGUAUGCUUUAUAUUUUAUCGGUGUAGUGGUGGAGUUGUACUGUACAACUCAAUGAUGCUUUGUUUAGAUGUUUUCUAUGUUCUUGGAUUUGAAAUUAUUGUUUGUUUGCGUUUAAGGCAUAUAUAGCCUUCUAAUUUCGGUACUACGUACCAAUGAAAUAUUAUGGGCUUAUUAUCAAUGUCA